AUGAAAAGAAAUGCAGACAGAGCCGCCGGGCUGAGUCCCAGCCCCGAACAGCAGGCCCCGCGCUUACGGCAGAAGCACAGGUUGCUGCAGGUCCGCGAGAAGGGACCCCUGGCCCUGCAGAGACAAGACCUCCCGCAGCCGAAGAGCCCACAGCCCCCGCGCCUGGCCGAGGAGCUGGAGGCCCCCUGCCAGCCCCAGCACGUCCGGGGCCUGGAGCGCCUGUACUUAGCCCAUCGGUUAGGUGCGGGGGGAGGACAGGCCAGGGAGCACCGGCCUGACUCGGAGGGGCCAGCCCAGCAAGGAACAGCCCGGCUGCCCAGGGCCCGGGAAAAGCACAGAGCAGCGAUCCGAGAAGAGAAGAGUCGCAAAGAAGGGCUGGCUGGAAAGCAGUCCCGGCUCACCCAGUCCCAGAGGAAAGCCGCGGGCCCCGAGAAGCUGGGGGCUCCCAGAGCCGCAGGCCUCCCCCGUCGCCCCCUCUGCCCCCGCGAGCAGAAUAAGAGCAAGCGACCGCCUUUGAUGAAGGCUCGCGGUGGCCACCGUCCCGCUGACCCCUGGGGGAGCAGAGGGGUGGACAGAGAAGAGUUCUUGGCUGUCCCGGGGGCAUUCGGGCAUCUGCAGAGAAGGGAGAAAGGAGGAGCCCGGGACAGGAGGAGACGGGCGGGAAAGGGGGCAACACCUCCCAGUCAGGGCCGCGCAAAUAGCUCUCUGGAUCCGAGCCCCGAGGGAAACACAGAGGACCCAGAACAGCCGUGGCCCAUCUGCUGGACCCACGGAGGGGAUGCUGCGCCCCAGGCGUCUCUCUGCAGACGCGGGGACAAGAGCAGGUGGCAGAGGGAGCUAGAGUUUGCCUUCCAGGAGCUGUUCAACACCAACAGGGAGCUGAAGAAGCACUUGACCUUGCACCUUGCCCUGGGGCCCGCGGCGGAUCAGAGCGCCAAGAACGAGCUCAGACCCCGUGACGUGCAAGAACCGAGGGGUGAGUCCCAGCGCGACGAGCCAGCGGUGGGCCCAGAAGCGGACGUGGAGCCCGGCGCAGAGCCCACGGGGCCAGCGCAGGCAAAGGCCCCCGAGUCCCGAACCAGCUUGGAGGAGUUCUUGAACAACCUCAAGAACCAGAAAUAUCUCAGGCCGACCACGUUCCCGUCUAAGACCAUGAGUGAACCGUUGUCUCCCAAGGCGGGGGUGUUUAUCGGUGCAGAGAACCGGCUCCUGGGUGGCCUGAGCUCCAGGGAGGCGCUGGCCAGAUCCGACCCGCUGGCGGAGGGCCCCCGGCGUCGGUUCCUGCAAGAACAGGCAGACGGAGCCAGCCUUGUGGCCUGGUGGCGGAGACCAGAUGGGCCGCCGGAGCCGGUGCCCCGCACGGGGCCCCAGGGGCUGAGCUGGGAAGCCCGCUCCCAGGCCGGGCUGGAAGGGCAGAGAGAACAGAGAAGGGCAGGCCCGGCGUCUUACUCCUCCCUAGACCCCGAGGAGGAAGGGGCGUGUGCCUGUGACACCACUUCCCCCUGGGCCUCCGGCUUCAUCCUCGACGAUGACAGGCACAGUCAGAUGAUCCACGACCUUCAGCAGCAAAUUGAAGAGCAAAACAAGUUGCACAAGCAGUUUCUCGCAGAAGCCAGGAAACGCUUGCAAGAGUUUCAGAGAAUAUGAUAAGAACGGGCGUCCCACCCAUGAUAAAAAUACAUCACUGAUAAACGGGCGU